AUGAAGGUGCACUGGAUUACACGACUGCUAAUCUACAGUGUCAUCGCCACAUUCGUCGGCCCAUUCUACGACAAUUGGAGCAGCACUGAGAAGUACUUGUACCGACAACGUGCGUACAUCGAAACAUGCGCCACAAUCCCACCGGAGACGGUGGUGCAAGACACAUGGCACUGCGAGGAGCAACGCCAAAAGCUGAGCUUGUUGCUACCCAUCAGCCGUGUUGCCGAGUGCUUCCUGAGUGUGGUGAUUGGCAUUUUCAUGGACUUUUUCGGCCCGCGGCUGACGACGGUAAUUGGGAUAAUAUUGCGCAUCGUCGGAUGGACCUUGAUGGGUUUCGCGGUAAAUGCUAAAGGUGGGUUGAUUGCGGCAUUCUUCAUCACCGGAUUGUCUACGAAUUUCAUCGUUUUCCCUGCGUUGACCAUUGGAAUGUACAAUGAGCGGUUCCGAUAUGUGUUGGUGCUCGUCAUUGGCAUGUUGGGGAGCCCUGCCUCGAUGCUGAUGAAGCUCAAGUUGAUGAUGCUGGAGUACGGAUUGCUCACCGCGCAUCAGGUGAAUUACUUGUACACGAUAGUGUUUAUCCUCCCAUCGCUGCUGUUGGCCGUCGUGUUCAUGCCUGCCAGAUUGGAAAAUCUCAGCUUGCCCACACCGUCCACAGACGAAGCAUCCGUGCCGAAGGUAGGGGACGACGUCCACGACGCAAGCGCUGUUGAUGGCGCAUCGAUAAACGCAAUUUUGGACGACGUGAUGCAGACAUGUGAUUUGGACAGUGAUGGUGCCGAACACGAUGCUGAGAGGACCCUCUCAGAUGACACUGUGGAGACCAAGUGGACUGUGAGGGGAUUGCUGCGCACGCUAUGUCGCAAGGAGGUCGUCGUGUCGUUGUUUUAUUUCGCCUUCAACUUCAGCAGCAUCACCUACGUGCAGCAGACGUUCACCCUGAUGCACAAGGACAACCCGUAUUUGAUCACGUGGAGUGAAUAUGUGAUCCAGCUCGCUGCGGUGCCCUGCGUGAUAUUUGCUGUGCUGUACAUGUACAUCAAUCCCAUCUGGAUACUGAUAGCCAUGAACGCGAUGGGGAUGGUGACGCACCUGCUGCUAACGACCUCGAAUUACUACGCUGGGAUCUUCCUCUCUCUUUCUCUAGUGACUACGUACAGCAUCAUCAACACCCAGGUCUACAACUACCUGGACAGCAUUUUCGACGCUACGUACAUGGGCUCCAUCGUCGGUGCCCUUAACACGAUGUGCGGGAUAUGGAUGCUUUCGCAGGCGCUUAUACUGGAAUCAAUGACGAGCGAGACGGAAAUUUUGGUGACGACAAGCAUUAUGGCGGGAUUGCGGUUCCUGUUCCUGAUACCAUACUGUUUCUUCCUCUAUAAGAGCUUAAGGGUGAAACGUGUAAAAAGCAAAGCAAGUGGCUUUAGCGUUUUGAGCCGGGACCGCAUGGCGAGCGUGUCAUGA